UGUCAGGGUAACCGCACCCUUGCUUUGGAGGAAAUUCUCUGCUGGGUUUGUACCCGAUUUCCCGCGUAGCUGGGUGUGCCAUUGAGGCGCUGAGCCGUACGAGGGCCUGGUGGCGCUGUGAUGGAGGGCCAUCGACAGGCUUUGUGGCCUCGGCCUUUGUGACCAGCAGUUUCUCGUCUCAAACAGGGACCAUAAAUAAUAAUAGUAGCUUCCUGGACUAAGUGUAAACGUAACGCCUGGCGGUAGUAAGUGCUCACCAGGUGUUACCAUCACCCUCCCGACUGAAAACGGCGGGACAGCAGGUUAGAGAAAUGCAGGCUCCUGGUUUGGUGUCCUGGGAGACAGGCGGGAGCUCAACAGGCUAGGAAGCCGCCCCCACCUGGCGUCCACCCCAGCCUGGGCUCGCGGGGAGGGGCGGGCGGCGGCGGCGGACACGUGACCCUCGGGGACAAGGUCGCGAGCGGGCGGCGGAGGAGCUGGGAAAUGGCGAGGUGGGCUCGGCCCGCUCUUUGCGCCCUCAGGCUCUGGGGCCCGGCAGGGUGGAGGAGUCUCUAUACAGAAGUCAGAGAUGUCCUGGGGGAGGGUCAUCAAGGGCCUUCCUCUGGAAGAACAAACGUGGUGGCCGCCAGCCUUUGGGGUGUGAGAAAGGCGUCCUGUGCAGUGGGGCUGGCAGCCCUGAAUUCUGGCAUUACAGGUGGAAGAAGACCUAUAUCUUUUUCUGCUAGUGCCUCAAGCAUCUUUGGAAGUGGAGGCAACAGUAAGAAGAAGCUUUUUCUUCAGGAUAUAGCUGAGCUGAUUCGAGCCAGAGCCUGCCAGAGGGUGGUGGUCAUGGUGGGGGCCGGCAUCAGCACUCCCAGCGGCAUUCCGGACUUCAGGUCUCCAAGGAGCGGCCUCUACAGCAACCUGCAGCAGUACGACCUACCGUACCCUGAGGCCAUUUUUGAGCUUACUUUCUUCUAUCACAACCCCAAGCCCUUUUUCACUUUGGCUAAGGAGCUGCACCCCAGGAGCUACAGACCCAAUGUCAUACACUACUUCCUCCGCCUGCUCCAUGACAAGGGGCUGCUUCUGCGGCUCUACACACAGAACAUUGAUGGGCUCGAGAGAGUGGCUGGCAUCCCUGCCUCCAAGCUGGUUGAAGCUCACGGAUCCUUUGCUUCUGCUACAUGCACUGUCUGCCGAAGGCCCUUCCCAGGGGAGCACAUUUGGGCUGAAGUGAUGGUGGACAGGAUCCCCCGCUGUCCAGUCUGCACUGGCAUCGUGAAGCCUGACAUCGUAUUCUUUGGGGAGACACUGCCCCAGAGAUUCUUGCUGCAUGUGGUUGAUUUCCCCAUGGCAGAUCUGCUGCUCAUCCUUGGGACCUCCCUGGAGGUAGAACCUUUUGCCAGCUUGUCUGAGGCCGUGCGGAGCUCAGUGCCCCGACUGCUCAUCAACCGGGACUUGGUGGGGCCCUUUGCUUGGCGUCCUCGCAGCAGAGAUGUGGUCCAGCUGGGGGAUAUGGUUCACGGCGUGGAAAGGCUGGUGGAGCUUUUGGGCUGGACCGAAGAGUUGCAGGACCUCAUGCAGCAGGAAGAUGAAAAGCUCAAUGGAUGGGAUAUAUAGGGUGAUGGCUGGUUCCCCCAUCACUCCCGGGACCAGAAAUGGUUCCACAGAGUCACUGCCAACCACUAAGGAAAGUUUUGGCGGAACUGAACCUGUGGCCUAAGGAAGAAUGUGAGGCUGCGCAGGUCAUGAGCUCUGUGCAGACCAGUCGUGUUGUGCUCACACCACGGCCAUGUGUCACAGGUGCUAAUGAGCUGCCUGGCACCUUUCUGCUAUUGGACUCUUCAAUCUGCUGAAGCUCGUGAUGGAAGUCAAGCAAAAGCUUUCUUUUGACCACUUGAACUCCAACAGACUAAUGGAAAUCCCUGACUGGAUCUGCUGUGUCCAGGUCUCCAUCUGAAGUGCAGGCUCAGCAUCUAUCUGUUAGAAAGACCCAGUCUCUCGCCGAGUGGCCUCAGAUACUCCCAAGGCGUGGUCCUGGGUCCCAAGUAAUAGAAUAGGAGGCCUCUAGUAUGCUGGCCUCCUUCAUAGAGUUAUUUUUAAUUAAAGAAACUAUUCAUUUCUGGCAUGAAAUGAACUCUUUGGUCUCAAGGGAAUACAGGUGUCAACAGUGGCUGCAGAAAGGGGACCCUGGGGGUGUGUGAGCAUUCUUCUGAUUAGAAUAACCCAAGGAUGGAGAACAUGCCCCUGAAUUCACCCUGGAGGUGGGCCUGGCACCGUUUCCCAGGUAGCCCCAGCACCCCUUGCUGCAGGGCAUCAUGCCACAUUUACUCUGCUCCGGCAGCUAACCACUUCCCAUCCCUACCCUCUCCCACCAGGCCUUCCCAUAAUGCCUCUAGGAUUGACAUCUAUGUUGUGGAAGGUCUUACUCACUUAGAAACCUUGGCUGGCCUCCAGCCCAACAUGUACUCAGGCCAUAUUUCCUGUGCCUGCACAGGCCCCUCCUGCUGGGGUUGUCCCAAGGCCGAGCAAGGACAGCACCACCCAAGCACACUGUCCUGACCCCUGGCUCGCACCCAGUAUGUGCUCCCUUGGGCGUGGUUUCCCCACUCACUGCACAUUUAGCAGACUCCUCAGAAAGGGUCUGGUGGCCUCCUCAAGAACAAAAUAGGUGAAUGAUGAUUUUGGAAAAGGGCUGAAUUCUGAAAAAGAAUGAAAUUAACUUCUCACACACACACUUGCUCGAAACUGUAUUCUGAGAUGAUGUUUCAGUGAUGCUUUGUGGUACAUGACAGAAAUCAAGACUUAUGGUUUUACGAGGUG